AGACUCACUCUCAGAACAUGGGAAGAAAACAGAGUAACCUUUGUGCAGUUAAGCAGACCAGUUGUCUGCUGAGAGCUGUCCUGCUGUGUGUCCUGCUGUGCGGCCCACAGAGCGUGCAGUCAGACUCGGACGAGGUGGUUCUGACUGAGUGGGAGAUCUGGAAAAGCAGCCAUGGCAUAACCCAUGACGAAUCAGAUGACGUGCAGAGAAGAGUCAUCUGGGAAGACAAUAAGAGGAUGAUUGAAAACCACAAUCAAGGUUUUCUCAUGGGGAGAAGGCCAUUUGUUAUGGCCAUGAAUAAAUAUGGAGACCUAACAAGACAAGAGUACCAGGUUAUGCAAGGAGCCAUAAUAAACGCCCAAUACGCAAAAAGAGGGAAAGAUGUCUCCGCUCGAAGAUUGCGUUACAAUGCCAAAAAGUUAAAUACUUGGUUUGUUGACUACAGAAACAUGGGAUAUGUCACUGAGGUUAAAGAUCAGGGUUAUUGUGGCUCAUGCUGGGCUUUCAGCACUACAGGAGCCAUUGAGGGACAACUGUCCAAAAGAACAGGUCAGCUUAUAUCACUGAGUGAGCAAAACCUGGUGGACUGCUCCAGACCGUACGGUACCCACGGGUGCAAUGGUGCCUGGAUGGCCAAUGCCUAUGAUUAUGUGGUCGGCAAUGGGCUGCAGGCGACAGACACCUACCCAUACACCUCACUGGACACUCAACCUUGUUUUUAUGACAGCAGGCUUGCAGUUGCUCACAUUAAAGAUUACAGGUUUAUACCUAAAGGAGAUGAGCAGGCUUUGGCUGAUGCGGUGGCAACUGUUGGCCCUAUCACUGUAGCCAUUGAUGCCGAUCAUUCAAGUUUCUUGUUCUAUAGCUCAGGAAUUUAUGAUGAGCCCAACUGCGACCCAAACCAUCUAAGUCAUGCGGUGCUGCUGGUUGGCUAUGGUUCAGAUGAUGGUCAAGACUACUGGAUCAUCAAAAACAGUUGGGGAACCAGCUGGGGUGAAGGCGGCUACAUGCGGUUAACCCGGAAUGGCAAGAACACUUGUGGCAUUGCCAGCUAUGCCUUGUACCCAAUUUUAUGAUUAUGAUCAAAUAAAGCUGACUGUUACUUCUUUGCUCUUCCAGUGGGGGAGAAGUCUUGAAAAAAGUGUAGUACAGUGUAGAUAAAUGUUUGUGCUAAGAUUAACAUGAGUCUUUUACAGUGAACACAUUACGUCUCUCAGGAAUGUAAGCACAUAUCUUAUGGGUUAAAUAUAUAAAAAUGUUUAACACAAAAAAGAAUAAUAUUUAAAAAAAAAAAGAAAAUGUAACUUUGGACAACGCUAAUAUAAGGUAUAAUUUAAGCCCUUUCCCACUGCUAUCGACUUUUGGCUUUUAUAUUCAGUUGACAAAUUGAUGGUUAUUAUUAAUUUUUAGGUCAAAUGGGAGGAAAUACAGUACAGAAAAAUGAGAGAGAAGCUAAUUAGUGUUUAGCAGCAUCCAACUACAAGGCUGGGUUGGCUGUUAGCUCAACAGCUUCAAAACUGCCUAAGCUAUUAGCUCAACAGCUAAAUAGCUUCAUUAGCUACUAGUUCAACAAAGUUGUGUUAGCUAUUAGCUCAACAGCUACAAAGCUGCAUUUGCUUGUAGCUCUACAACUUCAGCUAACGUUUUAGCUGAAGUUGUAGCUCUUUAGCUGAAGUUGUAGCUCUACAACUUCAGCUAACGUUUUAGCUGAAGUUGUAGUUCCUUAGCUGAAGUUGUAGCUCUACAACUUCAGCUAACAUUUUAGCUGAUGAGCAAAUAGCUCAGCAUUAACAGUUUGAAAGCUCACCAAACCUAGAAUAUUUUUCAUGAUGACUUUAGACUUUAGAAAUGACUUUAACUAUAGUCCAGUGUUUCACCAUUCAGCAAGUUACAUAGUCUUCCUUCUGUAAGUGUAAGAUAUCUAUUCAUUACCAUUAUACAACCACACUGAUUUUGUAAUCUGUGCUAAAUAAAGUAAAUCAGGUUAACCUGUGAGUGGACACUAAAUAAUUAACUUUAAUGUUAUCGACAGUUUAAUGUAAUGUUUUCAGACUGCAAAACUUAUUUUUUUGUUUUAUUUUAGCAACUCUGUUAACUAAUAGACAGUGAGAGGGAUAAAACUACUCAGACCUAAACAGGAUUGUGAACCAGCUUCAGGAUUCCACUUGAAUUUAACAUUCAUCUUUAUAUUGCAACUACAAAUAAACAUUUUACAUCAGU